UCGGGUGGUACCUCCUAGCCUAGUAGUUUUGACUCUCUGAUAUGAUUUUCUUGAUGACGUAGCUGCAAAUACAUCUAAUGUAUGAAGAAAAAAUCACUGUUCUUCUUCUUACCUUGUGUAUUCCUGUUUCUUUGAUGUUGAUUUAACUAAAUUUUUUCUCGUUCUUUGCUUGCAUUGAUGACCACUUUAUUUAAGCGACUACGCAUGGAUGGGAUGUUUGUAUUCGGUUUUGCUCUUCGCCUGGUUCUUCUUCUUUCGUGUAGGUGGAAACAAGUGGAACGAUGAUUUCGUUGGCAGUGAAUUAGAGCGGAAGGAAUUCUUCGAAGAUGCAGAGGGCCUGUCAGAUCCAGAUAACGACGAUGCCCCCCGUAGCCCGAGUACCACCAGAUCCUUGACCGCCGGAGGUGGAGAUCUCCAAGUAAAUGGGAACAGCCUUAGCAGUAGUUUCCCGUUUCCGCCUCCGUCUGCCUUCCAAAAUGGCAACCCAGCGUGUUUUGAGGAUGGCGCGUUUACGUACGAGGAAUGCUGUUCUGAUGGCGGGAAAGACGCGUGUUGGGAUGAAGUGUAUAGUUUUGACGCCUGCUGCUUUCCACCCCGCGUGAACGAAACUGACCGGGCGACGUUGUUUGGAUGCAACAGCCCCUUCUUCCGGAACUACCGACGCGACGCGUGGAUCUACUUCAAGUUUGGGGAGACGCAUCCCCGAAUGUUCCAGGCGCACGCAAAGGCAGUCGCGAACUGGGCUACACACAAGUCUCUCUGCCCGCCCGCCAUCUUGGUCACGAUUCUGGUUAAGCUCGAGGAAGACUUAGCGAUGAAGCCACUCCACAAUGCGUUUUUGGGCAUGCUAGAAUACACCAAGCAACUGCAGGAUAUGGUGGAUCUUCGUGCUUACAGCUUCUUUUUUAUGUAGGAAUUUACACCAGAACCAGAAGUAGAGCUCAGAAGUUGUGACAAUCGUUCUGAGUCUGCUUCUGCAAGCUUCAAAUAAGUAUCUUCAUGAGAAGAUCGAUCGUGAUUGAAUAAAGCGAGGAGUCAGCAACGACCUACAAGAUGCCAAGUCUCAAGGAGCGCAUGAAGAAUGCGCGGCGCGUCAAUACAAUACAAGAACGCCAUUUCUAGACUAGAAAAACAGGACGACUUGCUAAUUUACUUCUUCUAUACCCCAUGAUUGGGCACCCUACUACUUCUACUAUGUCAACAUCACAGAUGAAGCUUGGUCGCAUCGGCGAAAAGGAGUUUAGGCGGUGGCCAUUGGAGCUUGGCUGGAACCAUCUAAGAACGGUCCUACCACAAGGCACAAAGCAUGCAAACUUCAUGGCGCAGUACCAUACCCGGAAGCGAAGCGUGGAGCUAGUUAUUCUUAUGAAAAUGCGCAUGAACUGUCUGAGAAAGGAACGGCGAUCGUGGGGCAUCUAUUUGUGGUUCAAUUAGACCCGCCUGCUCAGCUAGAAGUAACUUCUAAUUUGUCUUAUUGCAAAGAAACGGUGGAGCGGAUUUCCGAUUGGUUUCGAACUGCGUUCACAAGGUUUACGAAAUCUCAUCUCACUGUCACGGUGGUGAUGAAGUGCGGUGAUAGCCCAAAGUUACGCGAGGUCCCCAAGCGAGUGUUCAAUCACACCAAGCAGAUUCAUUUCCUAGAGAUUGAAGAUGAGGAUGUGCGAGGCGACGAAUGCAGCGGGUAUAUUUUUGUGUUUACACUCAUUGUUGGUCAUGCUUGUGUCGGCGAUGGCGUAGGAAUGUCUUGAAAGCAAAUAAAAGUCCAACCCCAAAAGGAAUGUGGGAGCAUCGCCAAUUUUCCAAAUUAGCAUCAAAGUCUAGUAUCGACCACUCUCCUGAAAAAGUCUUAGGAGCAAAAACUGCCAUCCCAAACGUAGAGCGGGAGAGUCGCCAUUUUUAAAAAUUUGUAUAGAAUUUCAGUUAGAGCGGGAGAGUCGCCAUUUUUAGAAAUUUGUCUGGAGUUUCUUCAGUGUCAAAAACGCACUUCAUCACAAUUCUUCUCAACGUUCAGGUAUUUCGGAUUCCUCGAGAACCGGUAUACUUCGCUCGCGGAGUACACCAUGUUCGUGCACCCUGAUGCGGAUGAGCACAUCAUGAUAAACGUCGACAGCCAGUUUGAUCCGCCACCAAACAUGCACCCCGCAAUUUUCGAGGCUGACCCGAUGGUGCGACCAAAUCCGGCGUAUGGCGAAGCUCUGAAAAAGCUUCAAUCGGAGGGCAGGGAGCACGAUGAGGAGGCACGUUUGGAGCUGCCUGCACAAUUUUUACGCAGAAAAAGCAUGGGCUCGGAAAACAUUCUAGAAGCGGCACUGAACGCAGCACUAGUGGGAAACAUACCGAACCUGGGAUUUCAAAACUUGGCGUUAUGAACAUCAAAAGGCUAGACUUACAAUCUUGAUGUCCUAAGCGAUUUGUUCCGUCCAAUUUUCUCGUGCUUACUUAUGUUAUAAGUAGGCCCCUGCUGAUUGAUGUCGUUUGUUAUUCGUCAGGAUGAAGUGCCUGAGUUUGAGUUUAUCAUCUUCAUGACGUGCUUGCUCUUAUCCAUUCCUUUUCUUGGAGCAAGAUUUUAGUAUUACCUUGCAUUAGAGCAGUUAGUGUUUCCUUCAUGUUUGCACAAUCGAGACACGAGUUCCUUUGAGCAUCCUGCGACCACCGAGCUCUACAAAAAGUUGUUCAAGACGAAUCUGCGGCCGCCAGUAGCGCCACGGUCUUACUGCUGUUCGCAUUUUAUUGUCAGCCGCGACCGCGUACAACGUCGGCCGCAAAGUUUCUACAGGGACGCCCGGUUGCUCUUCACCACGAACAAGGGCUACACACUCAGUCCAUUUCCACGGCCUAUGGCUUGGGAUUUGAAAGCAAGGACGCUGUGUCAAAAUAUGAUGAAGUUCUGGCAUCUAGUAUUUGGACAUCCAAACUUGCGCACGCCCCUCAGGCAUCGAGACACCACUGUGCCGUAUUUCCUCAAAGGCAGGAACUUCAAGCCACAGUAUGAGAACGAGUGAACGAACUCUUUCUUGUAGACGCAGCUUCGCGAUGAAGGGUUAAAAUUUAUACUAUAUUUAUAGAAUAUGCAAUUGCAAUAGAAUACAUGAUCGAGACACUUCAGCGCUUCAAUUUUUCUACUUGAGAAUAUAUUUCGGAUGCAGACUCGUCAUUCAAACAACUCACCAACUAAUGACUUUCCACCAAUUUCCUCACGUUCUUGGCUCCCAAUCUUAGCAUGGAGACUUCAACUUGAUUCAAUAUUCGUUACAGCUAGUUCAAGGAUUUACUUUUCUAUAGCGACUGACAUGGAUCGCAGAAUCCGAAAACACGAACGCAAUCGCAGAAGGAAAAUUUUUGCUCUGACUAUUGGACUAAGUAGUUUGCCACCAGUUUCCUUUCGGAAGAUUUACUUUUUCAUACAGUUUUCGUUUUGUUCUUGUCACAUCGAGUUACACACAAAUUUAUCGAGUAG